GUCGGGUCAUAAGCUUGACCCGAACUGAUGUUGACCUGAAAAUUUGUCUACCUGACCUGGAUUUUCAGGUUGGGUCAGGUCAGGUCACAGAGCAACAAAUUCGUCCAACUAUAUCAUCAAAGCAACAUAUUCGUAAACUCACUUCUUUACAAAUAAAACCAGGUACUUUUAAACAAAUCAGUCAAAAUAACUAUCAACAGAUUACUCUAUCAUCUUCAAGAACUUUGUUACUAACACUCAAAAGAAAUAACCAACAGGAAGAAAAUAUUUAUCAGAAUAAGGAUACCCAUCAAGAUGAAGAUACUUGUCAGGAAGUUAUAGCAAACAAAUAG